AUGUAGUCGAUUUCAUCUGAGGUACUAAAAGCAGGAGUAACUAAAUCUAACAUCCGUUCCAAUGUGACAGCCAAGAGACCCAAUUAACUCGGUGGAGGUAGAACUUAAUUGGGUCCUCCUUAGACAGGGAAGGAUACUCAAUAAUCAUCGUAGGAUAAUGUGAUUGUGAAGUAUAAAGAUAGCAUAGUAACACCAAAGGAAUUGAUUACUAAGAGAUUCCUGUAAUUGGCUGAGCAGUUGAAUAGAGAGGAAGAAUAAAAACUAAAAUAAUUACAGAAACCAGCCGAUACUAAAGUGAGUGCUAGUGUUAUGGAUAGCAAUAUGAAAUCAUUCCAUCAGAGUGCUGAUAAAUCAUCGAAUUCAGAUUUGAAAGUUUCAUCUUCCAACAAUCCAGAGAGGAGCAGUUUUAUGGAAUCUAAACAGUCAGACACAUACUCUGAUUCAGAUUCUAAAAGAGAUCAAUCUGAAUAACAAGAGAAGAAACCAAAAUAGAAGAAAGGUUUGAAAGAAGAGGACUUGGAAGAGAAUAUCCCUAUUAAUUUAAGUGAAACUCCAACUCAAUGUUUAAUGUUUAUACCAUCCUCAUUUGUGAAUAGUGAGUAAGGCAAGAAAACUGGUUAGAUUCAAAGAACCCAAUAAUAUGAAUAAUUCAUCAUUGAGAAAAUUGGAAGUGACAAUUUCACAAAGAGAUUCGCUUAAACCUUUAAUUACAUACAAAAACAUAAGAUCCAGUAAUGCAACAAAAUUGAGAAGAAUGAUACAGGAGCAUUCACAGCUGUUUGGGAUUUGUAUGAUGCUUCAAUAACUGAUCAAUUGAAUGAAUUCGAAAUAUUACAAGAAGAGAUCAAGUCAAGCAUUGAGAAUGAGUAUAAAUAAUUGAAUAAGAACCCUUAUUUCUUAUUGCCUACAGAAUUGGAAGCAAUUAAAAUACAUGCUGAAAGACCUGUAUUGGGUAAGGAAACAACUGAGAAAUCAUAAAGUAAAACAAGAAGUGGAAUUGCAGCCAAUUCUAAAUAAUAACCUAUCAAUAAUUUGAGUGGUGGUUUGACUGGACAAGGUGGAGAUGAGAGGAUAUAAGAUAGUUCUUCUAGUCAUACAGGUACUAAAGGUGUUACUAACAUGGGAUCUUAAUAAGCCAAUAUCCAAUAAUAAGUGACCAAGAGUCAUGGAAAGACAAGCAAUCCUCUACCUGAAUAAUAAUAGAAAUAGUAUGAAUAAAAAUAGGAUGAGUAGGAUGUUAAGGAGGAGGAAUACAUGAAUGAACAAGAAUAGAUCAUUUAUUAGAGUCAAUAAGUGUAAACCAGUUUGAAAUAUGUGGAAAGAAUUCUUAAUCAAAAUCUCUAUCAUAAAUAAUAUAUUCAAUAUAGAAACUAUCCAGAAGUCAAGUUUGAGAAGAUGACUUUGAAUGAAGAUCCUAAAUAGAGAGGAGGAGCAUUCAAAAGGAAUUUCUAAAAUAAAUUAGAUGACGAGGAAGUUGUUGAAAAGAAAUAAUAAGAUCCCAUUACAUAAUUAUUUUCAUAUAAAUGCUAAUUAAGUGAACAAUGCAAAGUAACUAGUGCCGAUUGGAAUCCAGUCAAUAAAGAUUUAUUGGCUGUUUCAUAUGGCAAUAGAGAAACCUCGGAUGGACACAUUAUGUUUUGGACUUUAAAGAACCCAACUUACCCUGAACGUAUCAUUACUUAUCCAUCCAAAUUUAAUUGUUGUAAAUUCUCAGAAAGCUAGCCCAAUCUCAUUGCUGCAGGAACUGUGGAUGGUAUUGUAGCUGUAUGGGAUAUCAGAAGAAAGUCCAAUAAACCUAUUACUGAAAAUAAAGAAAUGGCUGGAAAGCAUAGUGAUUCUGUUUGGGAAGUUUAAUGGGUUGGAAAAGGAGCUAAAGGAACAGAUAAGGGAGAAUCCCUUGUCAGUAUAAGUAGUGAUAGUAGAAUUGUUGAAUGGUCAAUGAAGAAGGGAUUGGAAUAUACUAAUUUAAUGAAUCUCAAAAGAGUUGUUCAAUCAUCUUAAAAGGAAAACUUAUAAGAAGGAGUCAAUUUUAGAAUGUCAGCUGGAUUUUCCUUUGAUUUCUUAUAAAGAGAAUCAGCCAUGUAUUUAGCUGCCACUGAAGAUGGUACUAUUCAUAGAUGCUCAAAAUCAUAUACAGAAUAAUAUUUGGAUAAUUAUUUUGGACAUUCAGGACCAGUUUAUAAGGUUAGAUGUAAUCCUUUCUUUGGUGAUAUCUUCUUAACUUGUAGUGCAGAUUGGUCAUGCAAAUUAUGGAAUUGGACUGAGGAAUUACCUAAAGCCAAUUUUUAACAAUAAAACUUAUAAGACGAGGUGUUAGACUUUGAGUGGUCUCCUCACACUUCUGUAUUAUUCGCAUCAGUUUGCAAGGAUGGCAGAUUGGAAUUAUGGGACUUAACCAAGAAUAAUAUGUUAGAUCCAUAUUUUACCAUUAUGCCCCAGGAUUAACAAAUAUGGCCAGCCAAAACUAUGGUCAGAUUUGCUCACAAUAGUCCAGUGCUUAUUACUGGUGAUGCUAGAGGUGAUAUUAAUGCUUAUAGAUUAUAUGGCUAUGAAGAUAAUGAUCCACUUUAAGAGGAGGAGAAGUUAAGAAAACUGUUAUACCCCUCUGGAUAUUCUAAGGGAUAGAAGGAAUAAAAGGAUUGA